AUGAUUUUCAACAUUGACGAUCUCGUUGUUCACUUUCCCUAUGACAAGAUCUACCCUGAACAGUACCAAUACAUGUGCGAUCUAAAGAAGGCAUUGGAUGCACAGGGACAUUGUGUACUGGAAAUGCCUUCGGGUACGGGCAAGACGGUCUCUUUGCUAUCGCUUAUUGUUGCAUAUCAAAUGCAACAUCCCGAAGACAAUCGCAAACUCGUUUAUUGUUCACGAACGGUGCCAGAGAUCGAGAAAGCGCUUGCAGAGCUUCGGCAAUUGAUGGAGUAUCGUCGUUCAGAAGGAUUGGAUGAGGAUUAUCUUGGUAUCGGAUUGACAAGCCGUAAAAAUCUCUGCCUGCAUCCCGUUGUCUCAAAACAAAGGAAGGGAAAAGUCGUCGACUCCAUGUGCAGAAAUAUGACAGCAAGUUGGGUGCGUGCCAAGGCAGGGAAGGGCAAAGGCGCCAAACAAGACGAGACACCAGAUAAACAGAUUGAACUGUGUGAUUUCUACGAGCAACUCGAAUCAGCCAACUCGCCCAAUCCAAUUCCCAAUGGCAUAUAUACCUUAGCCGAUCUCAAGGAUUAUUGCGAGAAGAUGCGAUUCUGUCCUUAUUACUUGGUUCGACGCGUGAUACCAUUUGCAAAUGUCGUCAUCUACUCUUAUCAUUACAUGCUUGAUCCCAAAGUCGCUGAGCUCGUCUCCAAGGAGUUAUCAAAAGAUGCAAUUGUCGUCUUUGAUGAAGCACACAACAUCGAUAACGUGUGUAUCGAAUCGCUUAGCAUUGAUUUAAAUCGACCCAUCCUGGAUGCUGGUGCAAAAAGUGUCUCCAUGUUAGCCGAUAGGAUCAAAGAGAUAAAGGAGACGGAUGCACAAAAGCUGAAGAAUGAAUACUCAAAGCUCGUUGAAGGGUUACGGGAUGCUAGCACAGCUCGAGAUGAAGACACAUUCAUGGCCAGUCCUGUUCUACCGGAUGAUCUAUUGAAGGAAGCUGUACCAGGAAAUAUCAGACGCGCUGAGCAUUUUGUUGCAUUCUUACGACGAUUUAUUGAAUACUUAAAGACCCGAAUGCGUGUGAUGCAUGUGGUUGCCGAGACGCCUGUAUCCUUCCUACAGCACUUGAAAGAUGUCACCUAUAUCGAGCGAAAACCAUUACGCUUUUGCGCUGAGCGACUUGCAAGUUUAGUUCGAACGCUGGAACUGAUGGACCUGGAUCACUAUUCUAGUCUACAGAAAAUUGCUGCAUUUGCAACCCUGGUAGCUACGUAUGACAAAGGAUUCCUGCUGAUUCUUGAGCCAUUCGAAAGCGAAAACGCCACCGUCCCUAAUCCCGUACUGCACUUUACAUGUCUUGAUGCGGCAAUUGCUAUUAAGCCUGUCUUUGAACGAUUUAGCAGCGUUAUCAUCACCUCUGGAACCUUAUCACCGCUUGACAUGUAUCCCAAGAUGCUCAAUUUCCAAACAGUGGUCCAAGAAAGUUAUGCAAUGACAUUGACACGCAACUGCUUCCUGCCAAUGAUUAUUACCCGUGGAUCCGAUCAAGUCGCUGUCAGCUCCAAAUUUGAGGUGCGUAAUGAUCCUGCCGUGGUUCGCAAUUUCGGUCAGAUCAUGGUGGAGUUCUCCAAGAUAGUCCCGGAUGGUGUGGUUUGCUUUUUCCCAAGUUAUCUUUAUAUGGAGCAAAUUGUGUCUAUGUGGAAUGAUAUGGGCAUCUUGAACGAAGCUUGGAAACACAAAUUGAUCUUUGUGGAGACACCUGAUGCAGCAGAAACAUCUUUAGCGUUGUCCAAUUAUCGCAAGGCAUGUGAUAAUGGACGUGGAGCAAUCUUACUUUCUGUGGCUCGAGGAAAAGUCUCUGAAGGCAUUGAUUUUGAUCACAAUUAUGGUCGAGCGGUUCUUAUGUUUGGUAUCCCAUAUCAGUAUACGGAGUCAAGAAUCUUAAAGGCAAGAUUGGAGUAUCUCCGUGACAAUCAUCAUAUCCGUGAAAACGAUUUCCUUACUUUUGAUGCAAUGAGACAUGCGGCACAAUGUGUUGGAAGAGUCUUACGUGGUAAAACCGAUUAUGGAUUGAUGGUAUUUGCUGAUAAGCGAUUUGCAAGAGCAGACAAACGGGCCAAACUUCCCAAAUGGAUCAAUCAAUACGUUACCGAUGCAUCCAGCAAUCUAUCUACGGACAUGGCACUUGUCAUUGCAAAGAAAUUCCUCCGCUCCAUGGCACAACCAUUUGAAGUGAAUCAAACAGGCGUAUCUCUGUGGACGAUUAAGGAUAUUGAAAAUAGGCAAAAAUCAGCAGCAGCGUAA